AUGGGCAAACUUUCAGAAAAUAGAGAAAUGAAAAAUGACAGAACUAAAUUAAUCAAACAAACUAUGGCGGAAAGAAGUGAUACAGAAACCGAGAUAGAAGAGUUGAGUGUGACAGUAGAAGAACAGAUCGAUGUGACUGAAGACGAACCAAUUGCAAAGAACACACGAUCACGCACAUACGCCGCACUCAACAAAAUAUCCGAAGACACUGAGUUAGACGAUCUUCACCAACACGACGAAGAAGAAGAUGACGACAGAACGGAAGAGUCUUUUGUAAUGAAAGAAGAGAAGAAAGAGCCAAAGAAGGAGCGCCCACGUCUUCAGAAAAAGAAAGGGAUUCCACCGAUUCAAAGUGUCGAACACAUUGAAACAAGUCUAACUGUUAUGAAACCGAUGGAAGAGGAGAGUAGUCCUCAACAAGUCCCUUCACAACAGCCUCAAAGUGGGAUGGUAGGUACUACUUUGCCAUAUGCCGUUGUGAAUCCCAUGAUGAAUUGUACUGCACUCCCCACUCAACAAUUUGAGUAUCAACCCGCACCAACGACUAACACAAUAGCAACUGUUGGGGGACAACCAAUUCCUUUGCAACAAGACAAUUUGGGACAACUCAAGAGAGACGCGCAGUUUAAUCCAAGUGCGCACCCCAUUCAACUUGGACAAGACAACAGACAAAAUUAUAGAAGCGGGAGAGAGGAGAGAGUCGGGAAUAGCCCAAAUUUCAGAGAACGAGAGUGGACCGAAGUCGAGAGAGGCGUCAAUUUCAAAUUUGAGAAGACACAUGGGUAUGACAGUUAUGAUGGGCCAUAUGACCCGUUGGUUGGGCUGUAUUCGAGUCAGAAGAAGGAAAUGAUGCGAAGAGAAUCACUGGAAUACAGUCGAGUCAAAACGACUGUGUGUAAAUCUGUUGUAGCGAAGUUACAAGCGUAUUACGAUAACCGGAUUAUACCAAACAAAGAACAAUUCAAGCAACUUGCGAAGUCAGUAACACUCAAAUUCACAGAAGAUCUGUUUCUGAGCGGCGAGACGUUUUCGGAGAAGAUCGAGGAGAGCAUAACGAAGUACAUUGAUCAGUACUUUCUGUGA